AACCAAACCCUCCCCUUCACAUGCGCCCUAGUGACCGGCGGCGGCGGCAUUGGUAAGGCAUUGGCGCCAUACCUAACCUCAAAAAGGAAUCAAAAGUCCUCAUCGCCGGCCGCACCGAAUCCAAAACUCCAAAACGCCGUCCAAGAAACAGGCGCAGCGGGCUACUACACUCUGGAGAUGGGGACCGGAUUAGGAUGGUUGAGAUUGCGCCGCCGGGCGUGGAGAGCGAUUUACAUCGUGAGCGCGGGGAUCCGGAUGGUAAUAAGAAGAGUAGGAAUAAGGGUGUGCUUGGUAUGGAGGAGUUUAUGGGGAAGGUUGAGCGGAAGUUGGAGGGUGGAGAGGAGGUUGUUACGGCUGGGAUGGGGAAUAAGGUGGUAAGUAAGUGGUAUGGGGUUUAUGGAGAGAUGUAUGAGAAGGCUGAGAGGUGAGCA